UUUCCCCUGCGUCAAUGGCGGAGCUUGUGCGAUGGCGACCUCAACCUUCGUCUCCUUCUUUCUUUUUUCUCGAUCAAACGCAGUGGUAGGUGGCGGUCAUCAGACGCAGUGGUUGGGCAAAGCAACGGCGAGUCCUCCGUCUCCGGCGUACUCUUUGCGGCGGCGAGCAACAGUGGCGUCUCUCCCGUUUGACGUAGACAAAGCUUCUCCGACAGUGCAGCAGUGGAUCCGGGCAAGCAUUCCAGUGAGUCCCCUAUUUUCCGGCAAAGCAGUUCGUGUGGCAGCCACAGGCAGAUCAACGGCGACGACGGGAUGAACCUCCAACAGUGGCGAUAGUCUCAGGCGGUGCAGGUAAUUUGGGCCUUUUAUCCGGUGGAAGCCCAAAAGUGUCCAUUACAAUAUGUUGGGCCCUUUAUCUCUUUUAUAAAUAAGCGAAAUAACCCAUUUGGGCCUAUUGACCCAAAAGUAUCUGUUAGUUUUGCCACUCUACCUUGUUCAGAAAGUCAGAGACCUGUCUCUCUAUGUAAAGUUGCCGUAGAUUCGGUGAUUCGAGAAUGAGAGAGGAGAGAUGAAGAAGGCCGUGGAAGUCGCAGUUUUAUUUGUAAUUUUUCUGAGUGAAUUUUCCCUAUAUUCAAGCGCUGAAGGAAUUUUCGAUGUUCGGAAACAUCUCUGUACUGUAUCUAGGUAUGGUAUUGUGAAAGAUAUACUAUCAGAAGAAUCGAUUAUAGCUCCGGAGAUUCCCGAGCAAUGUACCCCAAUACACAUAAACCUAUUGGCAAGGCAUGGCACUCGUGCUCCAACCAAGAAAAAGAUAAUGGAGUUUGAUGCCUUAGCCAACCACUUAGAAGUCCUUCUGAAAGAUUCAAAAGAAGAAAGGAAAUCAUUGGAGAAAGUUCCUGCUUGGCUGCAUGGGUGGAAGUCUCCAUGGAAGGGAAAGCGCACAGGUGGGCAGCUGAUUGCUGAAGGAGAAGAUGAACUAUAUAAUCUUGGGAUAAGAAUCAGACAACUUUUUCCAGACCUCUUUAAUGAGGAAUACCAUCCGGAUGUUUAUACAAUCAAAGCUUCUCAGAUUCCUCGGGCAUCAGCUAGUGCUGUGGCAUUUGGCAUGGGCCUGUUUAGUGGAAGAGGGAAGCUUGGGCCAGGCAGGAAUCAAGCCUUCGCAGUUAUUAGUGAAAGCCGUGCAAGUGAUAUAAUUCUGAGAUUUCAUGAUUGUUGUCAAAGCUACAAGGGAUUCAGAAAGAGUCAACACCCUACUGUUGACAAGCUCAAGGAGCCUGUCUUGAAUGAGAUCACUCAGGGCUUAAUGAAGAAAUAUGGGCUUAAUUUUACUAGGCAAGAUAUAUCUUCUUUAUGGUUUCUCUGUAAACAGGAAGCAUCCUUAUUUAACAUAACUGAUCAAGCUUGCAGUCUAUUCAGUCCAUCCGAGGUUUCUUUGUUGGAGUGGACUGAUGACUUGGAGUUGUUCAUAGUAAAAGGCUAUGGUAAUAAAUUGAACUACAGAAUGGGAGUGCCAUUGCUUGAAGAUGUGCUUCAAUCUAUGGAGCAGGCAAUCAAGGCUAAAGAAGAGGGAUAUGCUCCUGGAAGUUAUGAGAAGGCAAGACUACGUUUUGCUCAUGCAGAAACCCUGCUUCCCUUUUCAUGUUUGAUUGGGCUAUUUCUUGAAGAAUAUGAAUUUGAACGAAUUCAAAGAGAAGAAGCAUUGCCACUCCCUCCUAAGCCUCCUCAAAAGAGAAACUGGCGAGGCAGUGUAGUGACACCUUUUGGUGGAAAUAACAUGCUAGUACUCUAUAGUUGCCCCACAAAGGAGUCAAGCAAGUAUUAUGUGCAUGUGCUGCACAAUGAACAUCCAAUUCCAAUGGCGGGUUGCAAUGGAUCAGCAUUUUGCCCAUUCGAAGUAUUUAAGAACCGAAUAGCUGCUCCUCACUUGAAACAUGACUACAACACCCUUUGUGAUGUAAACCCUAGUGCUUCUACAAGUGUUUGGUCAAGAGCGUUUGGAUGGCUUUUCUCACCAGGGAACACUGCCAAACCAUCCUCAAAGUUUGUCACUGACCAGUAGGCAGUAGCUGAUCCAGCUGUGGCUUAAUAAUCGAGGAAGUCUUUCUGACUGGUGAAUUGUAAUUUUAAAAAGUGCAUACAGAGGGCAGUCUGUUAAACUGAGAUGGAAACGAUAACACGGUUGUUGUAGGUCGAAAUUUUGUAUUGAAGAGUAAUGAAACCAUGAGGUCAUAGUUGGGACCUUUCAUUUUGAUAAUUUAUCUCAAAGCAAUUUUAAUUCCAGCAUUGAUUUUUAGCUCAA